UUGAAUUCAGUUUCUAUCAUAUUAGUAUCUAGUGCCAAGCCCGAAGGUAAAGAACUUACCAAUGGGAACACAACCCCAACAAACAUAUCUAGAGGAGGAGGAGGAGCAGCUUCCAGGUCGUGGAGCUACAUUUUCUGGUCAAUCAAUGUCAACAAGCAGAAGUGUUGGCUCGCAAUCCAGCCGGAGCGAACAGACAAUGGCAACACCAGCUAGUGACAACACUUUUCUUAUAUUAAACCAUCUUGACAUACAUGGUGGCGAUGAUGUUGGAUCACAGGGUGCAGUUGCCAACAAGAAGAAAAAGAGAGUCCAACGUGUUGUUGCAGGUGAUAAGAGUGGAAGGGGGCUCCGCCAACUUAGUAUGAAAGUGUGUGAGAAGGUAGAAAGCAAGGGAAGAACAACUUACAAUGAGGUAGCAGAUGAACUUGUGACUGAAUUUGCUGAUCCAAGCCAUAACUCUUUAUCCCCUGAUCAGCAACAAUAUAAUGAGAAAAACAUUCGUCGAAGGGUGUAUGAUGCUUUGAAUGUUCUCAUGGCAAUGGAUAUUAUUUCUAAGGAUAAGAAGGAAAUACAAUGGAGAGGUCUUCCUCGCACUAGUUUGAAUGAUAUGGAAGAACUAAAGGCAGAGCGUCUUGGGAUAAGGAAUAGAAUUGAAAAGAAAAGAGCCUAUUUGCAAGAAAUGAAGGACCAAUACAUAGGUCUUCAGAACCUUAUACAACGAAAUGAGCAAUUAUAUAGCUCAGGAAAUGCUCCAAGUGGUGGUGUAUCUCUGCCUUUUAUUUUAGUGCAGACUCGCCCCCAUGCAACUGUUGAAAUGGAAAUAUCAGAAGACAUGCAACUUGUGCAUUUUGAUUUUAAUAGCUCUCCUUUUGAGCUUCAUGACGACAAUUAUGUUCUCAAGGAAAUGAAAUUUUGUGAGCGACCUCAGAAUGAUAACAUGACGCCCAAUCCUACUGAUGGGGGUGAAGGUUCUAGCAUGUUAGGUAUGUAUCAUACACAGGUUCCUACUUUAGUUCCAAACCCGACAAAUAGGCUUCCCGCAUCACCACCACUACUUGGAAUAUUGAAGGCAAGAGAUAAGAAUGAGCAUUGA